GACAGUUUUAAAACAGUCGUGUCUUGGCAAGAUAAAAGAUGUGUUGUUAUAACUAUUAUUUUUAUUAACGCGAAAAUUUAUUAAAAAUGUGUUACAAGUGAUAUUAGUAAUAUAGUGUUUAAGUUUUGGAUUUUUUUCAAAAAUACCGUUACGAAAAAAAAUAAAAGAUGGCGGAAAUAAUUUUCCAAAGACGAAAACCUGCAACACUAUUCAGUGAGCCGGCGCCUCUGCUAAUACUAUUAUUAUUAAGUGUUCUCUGUGGGGCACAGGUUGUUAAUCGUGCCCCGCAUUUCGUGCCCCAGACGGGGGACAUGUCACAGUUUAGUAUAGCCGAAGACACCGCUGUUGGGACUCCGGUGUAUCAGCUAAAAGGUAUUGAUCCAGAGAAUAGCCAACUGCGGUAUUCCAUUUCUGGACAAUACUUUAGCGUGGACCCGGUAACUGGAGUGGUCACGUUAGCCAAGAGACUUGAUAGAGAAGAGCAGGCGUCUCUCGAAGUUGUUAUUAGUAUAACAGAUGAAGGUGUUUCCGAUACAGAACCUAACACCGUAUCACUUCGCCGCGUUAUACCUGUUCGAGAUGUCAACGACAAUCCUCCAGUCUUCCAUAACAGGCCAUACAUCGUCAAUAUCAGUGAAGCUACGAGUGUAGGAAAUGAAAUUGAGGUAUCUCCUAAAAUAUUGGUGACUGAUUUGGAUGAAGAUGAAAAUGCGAAGAUCCGAGUGACUUGUUCUAUUAAGGAGAGAGGAAGUGAUUUCGAAGCCUGCUCAACGUUUCGUAUCGUUACUGAUAUGAUAUCGCCAAAUGAAUAUCAAGUCCGAAUUUUCGUUGCAAAACCACUUGACUUCGAGAGUCGUUCAGCGUACGUCAUAAGUUUAGAAGCCAAAGACCAAUCGGCACGACCCCUGCGGGCAACCGCUACUGUGUCUGUCGGCGUGAGAGAUGUCCAAGAUCAGCCUCCGAUCUUUCUUAACGCGCCCUACUCACCUACUGUUGCUGAAAAUACUCCACCGGAUACAAGCAUAUUGGAAAUAAUAGCUAAAGACGGCGACACGGCAAAUCCACGCCCAGUUUUAUUGACCCUCGAGGGGGACUCGCAAAUGUAUUUUAAGUUACUGCCAGAAAGACCUAUUGGAAAAGCCACUCUGGUCACUACUGAUAAUCCUAUUGAUAGAGAAAGUGACGUUGUUGUACAAAAUGGAGGAGUUUAUACAUUUAAUAUUAAGGCCACAGAACUCAUCAAUAACGAAGUGCCAUCAGACUUUACAGUCAUACCGAUCACCGUAAUAGUUACCGAUGUCGAUGACCAUCUUCCAGAAUUCAAUAAAAAGGUCUUCGAUAUAUCUAUCCCGGAAAACAUAGAGAACGGAAGUCCCAUCCCUGGACUAUCCAUUUACGUCGAAGAUGUAGACUUAGGCCAAAAUAGCAAAUAUGAUCUGAAACUUCGCAACGUGAAAAAUUCCGAGGAUGUGUUUGCGCUGAGCACCGACCGCGGAGAAGGAAGGUCUCCGAUAAGUGUCAAAGUCAAAGAUUCUUCAAAACUAGACUACGACGUCGAAGACGAAGACAAAAGACUGUUCAGUUUCGAUAUCGUUGCGUCACUUUACAAUACGGAGCUAUCUUCGGCCAGAGUCAACGUGAAACUGUUGGACGUAAACGACAAUUCCCCGGUUUUCGAAGAACAGCAAUACAAGUUGAAUGUUCUAGAAGACUCUCCGAUCGGAACUAAAAUUGGCGACAUAGAGGCGGCCGAUAAAGAUUACGGUAUUUUUGGUGAAAUAGAGUACACUUUGAGCGGGUUUGGAUCGCAUUAUUUUAAGACCGAUAUACAUGAGGGUGGGAUAUUCGUUGCGCGUGAGUUGGAUUAUGAAUCUCAGAAAAGUUAUAGUUUAACACUUUUUGCUAAAGAUGGGGGCGGUAAAGGGUCGACUACUAGUGUUUUUAUAGAAGUUUUAGAUGUAAAUGACAAUGCGCCAGUGUUUGAGGCGGCCGAAUACAGCCGCACAAUACGCGACGGUGCUACCAGCUUUGAACCCCAACUAGUUAUUCGAGCAUCGGAUAUAGAUGGUCCCACACAAGGUGGAGGUCGAAUACGGUACUCUUUGGAGUCUGACAAUAGUAUUACACAUAAGGGACAGGUAUUCAGUAUCGAUGAAGAGACAGGAGAAUUGGAAAUUGUGGAUAAAGUGGAAACUAUGGAUACGCCCCGGGGACAGUAUGAGCUGCUUGUCAGGGCCACAGAUUACGGAAACCCACCUUUGUUCAACGAAACUCGCGUAUACGUCCGAGUGGGCGUUCCCGGUAACCAACGUCCAACAUUCAAAGGAAAUUAUCAUCACUACAAGUACACCGUCAACCAAAGGAACGAUAUAAACGAAGACUUCACUUUCGACCUUAACCCAAUGAAUUAUAAGGCCAAUAUACGCGAAGACGCAAAGCCAGGAGAUAACGUGACGACGGUGUUGGCGAAUGAUCCAGAUGGAUUGGAUGAUUUGUUAACUUAUCAUAUUUUGUCUGGCUCAAAGGACAAUUUUGUCAUAAAUGAAAAAACUGGAGUUAUAACCGUGUCGAACGAUGCAAACUUAGACCGCGACUUAAACGCAGACCGAUACGAAAUCAUCGUAUCGGCGGUGGACAGCGGUCGUCCAGCCCCCGAAACGGCCACCACCACCGUCUUCGUUCACAUCACCGACGUCAACAAUAAACCUCCCAUCUUCAACUCGACUCAAACCACAACAUACAUAUCGGAGACAUUACCUCUCAACAGCUCCGUGACUCAAAUCACCGCUUACGACACGGACGUAACCGCCAAACUGAAGUAUUCUAUUCGGGAACCGGUCAAAGCGUUUUCUAAAGCCGGAGUACAGCUGAAACCCAACUCAAAUUAUGACUACAAAAGCAUCUUCCGCAUCGACGAAGAUUCCGGCGAAAUAUUCGUCAACGGAAACCUGGAUUACAGUCAGGCCUCCAUCGUCAUUCUGACUAUCAAAGUGGUCGAUGUGAACGCCGAGCUUAAUAAAGAGCAAUUCGCCACAAUUGAGCACACGAUUUAUAUCCAGCCGUAUGCGGACGAUAAUCCUAAAUUUAUAAAUCCCGGUUGGAGUAACUCGAAUCCCUUGAUACACCACAGAAUAAAGGAAGAACAGCCAAUUGGAAGUACUGUUUUAGUUCUGAUGGCCGAAGAUCCUCUGACCAAUUCCAAAGUGACAAAUUUUAAGGUGGUCGAUUCUGAAACUGGGCUACUUCAAGUGGAUCCUUUCAGCGGGCAAGUGGUUCUGACGAGGCAUUUGGAUUACGAGGAGUUGAAGAGUCCCAAUUUGACUCUGACCGUGCAGGCGGCCAGUAAUGACGGAAGCAAGUACAGUACGGCUAAAGUCGUAAUAGAAGUGGCUAACGUGAAUGAUAAUGCCCCAGUUUUUGAAAAAGAGUUGUACAAAGUGAGCGUACUGGAAUCAAUUAAGCAUCCAGAACAAGUGACCACGGUCAAAGCUGAAGAUAAGGAUGCCGUUUUAUCUGAUAUUGAUAAGGAAAGUGGAUAUUCCGACGUCAGAUAUGCUCUCAAAGGAGAAAAUACGGAAUUGUUCGUUAUUAAUAAUGUCACUGGAGUCUUACAGGUGGCACCGAACAAGUCACUAGAUCGUGAGCGUCAAUCCGUCCUUCGGUUGGAGAUAGAAGCUUUCGAUUGUCCAGCUGGAGGAUCCGAGCGACUGAAAUCUACUGCAGUUAUACUGCUGGAUGUGCUUGAUGUCGACGACAACUCUCCUGCGUUUGAAAAGGCCGUUUAUACCGCGGUCGUUCCGGAAAAUGUCCCGAUCGGGAUUAGUGUUGUAAAACUACUUGCACUGGACCCUGACGAAGGGCUCGGAGGAGAAAUAAAGUAUGACUUCCUGGAUGAAGGGGAAGCCAAUGGUUUAUUCGUGAUAGACCCUACUACUGGUGAGGUAAAAACUCGCAAGGAACUGACCGGCAGAGGUCGAACGGACCCCUACAGGUUGUUAGUAGGGGCAACAGAUGGCGGAGGUCACAAUGGGGACGCGUCUUUGGCGAUUUAUAUUGGAGAUGUAAGCGCUAAUGAUGGCGUACCGCGGUUCAUUCGACCAGCGGAAGGAGAGAACUUGUAUAUAAGUGAAAAUGCCACGAUUGGGUCAGUGGUGUACCAAGUGGUGGCGAGUGAUCCCGACGACCCCACGCAGCCUUCUGGACAGCUCACGUACCACAUUCAAAGGACCGGUGAUGAUGCUGCAGUACUCGCUAUUGAUUCAGAAACAGGUGUAUUAACAACUCGCCAAUCGCUGGAUCGGGAGCGAAAAGCCGCGUACACGUUGGUGCUCGUCGCCUCAGACCGAGGUGCGCCUGCGCAACAGAGCACGCGCAUCGUCACACUUCACGUCACCGAUGUGGACGAUCAUAAGCCACACUUUGCGAGGAAUCUAGACGAUCCACCAUUACUGAUGACAACAAAAGAGGAGGUGCCAAUCGGAACCGUAAUCGGAAAGAUUAAAGCUGUCGAUGAAGAUAUAGGAGAUAACGCGCUCAUAGAUUAUCGAAUAACAGCGGGAAAUGAGCUAGACUACGUGAAGUUAGAGAGAACGAACAACAGCGAGGCACUCGUGAAGGCCGGAGCUAGACUCGACAGGGAGAGCUUAGCGCGCAUUCUCAUCACUAUCAAAUGUUUCAAACUAGGUUCUAAACCUAGGUUCACUAGAUCCUAUAACAGACUGGAUCCAUCAGAAGUCCAAGUGGCGAUAAAGGUCCUGGACGUCGACGAUCACCUGCCUCAAUUCGAGACCACGAACAUGACUAUCGGCGUCCGGCUCAACGUGGCCAUAGACACGACAAUCGCCAUCGCGAAGGCCAUAGACAAGGACCCCGACGCUCUGCCCAUAGACUACAGCGUCGUGAACGUGAGAUUCGAAUCACCGAUCAAGUCGAAAUCGCUGGAUAACAUCACAGACGUAAUUGUUAUCAACAAUAGUUCGGGAGAAAUGCGGAUCAUGAAGAAUUUGAUACAUUAUGCUGAUGGUAUAUUUAAAUUGACAGUACGAGCAAAUAAUUCAAACGAGACCGACCGAUUCAGCGACCUUCACGUUGAGGUGGUGGUUGUCCGUGAGAGAGAUUUGUUGAGACUAGUGUUGCCAGCCGGACGCGCUCGUCUCGCAGCUCUGAAGCAAAACAUAUCCGAGGUCCUGGAACAGAAACAGCUGAAGAUACAAAUACAUGACGCUACGCACGACGCCUUCUAUGACAACUUGGGACCCUGCUUCCAGUUCCGGAAAACGGACACGGGUGAAGCUUUAACACCGAAAGCCAUGAAAGCAACGAUCCGAUCCUUAGGGGUUGAGUUUCAGCAGAUUUUACAAUCGCACGAGGUCCGAAAUAUCACCGAGUGUGGGGCCCCACGUGCUCAACACUCGCACUCACAGAGGGCCCUCCUAGCGGUGGCUGGUGUGUUGCCUUUAGCCGCUGUUGUUGCUAUCGUAGUCCUGUGUUGUAUGCAUUCGAAUGCGAAAAGUCGAAUGCGCUCCGCAUUACUUCUAUCCCGAGAGCCUUCGACGGGGCCCCCGACGAACGUUUCGGGCCCUACCAGGAUAUACGCCGAACCGCUUUAUUCUACUUGAGUUAUAUAAUAAAUGGUCACAAUUGUUACGCUUAUUUACGCUCUUAAAAAUCAGCUUAAAGAAUAUUUACUUAAAAGACAAAAUAUGUUACUUUUCGUUGAUAACGGGACAGUGUGUGUUGAUAAUUUUCCUCUGUAAUAACCGAUUCCAAAUUUGACUUAUGUCAAUGUCUGGAAUCCGAUUCCAAUAAUUCAUCCGACGCUCAUAUUCUUUAAAACCCCUUUUACAAAAAAAAUAAUUUUUAAGCUAUUGCAUAGAUUUUAUCGCGGGCUUUGAACGCGGCGACCGAAUCAAUAAAUUCCGUAACGAAAAAAACCUAACACACGAUGACG